AUGUCUGUCUCCGACGCCGUUUUGACCCAGAUCCUUGCGCAGCUGCAGUCCCUGCAAGUAUCGCAGCAGGCGAUGCAAGCCAAGUUGGACGCCAUCUCUAGUGGCAAGGGCUCAACCCCUCUCGAACCGAAGAUCAGCACGCACGUUCGGUCUGUGUCGGACGCACAGUCGGUUAGCUCUACUCCGUCAUCACCAACAUCACCUAUCGCCCAACGUGUGGCUUUAGCGUCGGCUACCCCUCGCACGGCAUCCACCCCAGUGUCAGCACCUCUGACGGACAAGGUGCGGGAGAAAUUGUUGUAUCCAGGCCGUGUCAACCUCACUACUUAUCCUGAUCAACACGGAAUUGCGCCACAUCCUCUCCAUUGGGGUGUAGAGAACUCCAUAGAGCGUGGACCGGUCAUUUGCUCCCGCCUACCGUCCAGCAUCAAGCAGCGCAAUGCCAUUGGCGCCCACUCUGGGUCUUACUCCAUCUAUCGCGCCCUCUCUAUUGCCAUGGGCACUCUUAACCCCACCCAUAAACCAGAUUACUCCCAGACAGAGCCACCCGUCGACAUUCCACCCAAUCCCACAUGGUCAGAUCCAUCCAAAAUCGUCUCGUUCGAUCCUUGGGGCCAUCUCGUUCCCAGCGUCUUUGCGAAAGAGGUCGAAAGUGGCUUGGAUAUCAGGCCGAGUAUCGCCGUCACCAAGGCUCACUUGAAGAUGAGCGAGUUGGAUGACGCCGCCAGAAAGGGUGAUAUUGAGGUAGAUGGCUCAAUCCUCUUGAAGAGUAGACCGGUGAUGAAUGUGGAUGGGACUCCGAGUGAUGCGUAUCCAGGAGUGGAGGCAACGGUUAGUAAGGCCGCGGUUGAACCGGUGUGGUACCUUCCUGGAGUGGCUGAACGGUUUGGAAUCUCAGAGGCUCUUCUUCGCCGAGCACUCUUCGAAGACACGGGAGGAAUGUACCCUGAACUCGUUACACGUCCUGACAUCAAGGUUUUCCUACCUCCAAUCGGAGGCCUUACAGUUUACAUAUUCGGGAACCCUGCCUUCAUGUCCGAUCAGAGCAAAGAGCUCACUUUGCGCGUUCACGACGAAUGUAACGGCUCUGACGUCUUCGGCUCCGACAUAUGUACUUGCAAGCCUUACCUGACAUACGCAAUCGAAGAGUGUAUCCGUUGCGCGCAGAAAGGUGGCGUCGGAGUUGUUGUCUACUUCCGCAAAGAAGGCCGCGCUCUUGGUGAAGUAACCAAGUAUCUCGUUUACAACUUGCGCAAACGCGGCGGUGAUUCGGCAGACAAGUAUUUCAAAUCGACUGAAAUGAUUGCUGGCGUGAAGGAUAUGCGGUUCCAAGCUCUCAUGCCCGACGUGCUACACUGGUUGGGGAUUCAGAAGGUGGAUAAUAUGGUUUCUAUGAGCGAUAUGAAAUACGACGCCAUUGUAAAGAGCGGUAUCCCGAUCCUGAAACGAUAUGAUAUCCCCGAUCAUCUCAUCCCACCCGACUCUCGCGUAGAGAUCGAUGCGAAGAUCGCAGCUGGGUAUUUCUCGAGCGGGAAGCAAGUGACGGAGGCGGAUUUGGUGAAGACUGUUGGGAGAACUUGGGAGGAAACGGAGCAUUGA